AUGGAUUCCUUCACAACGACUGAAAUCUCACAGUUAGCGACACUGGAGAGGGAUGCUGGUGUUCAGAUGCUCAGCGGUCACGACCAGUGGCCCGAGUUCUGCGAUGAGAGACGCUGCUUCCAUCAAGAGUUUGUAUACGACGUCGCCAUGUUUGCCGUAGACCAAGACUUCUCCUGGCCCAAUGUGAUCCGGUCAGCUGUGCUUGCCAAAGACUUCUUCCCGCGGAUGGCCGGUUCAGACGUGGUCCAGCUGGCGUUGCUUCUGAGGGAUGUGCUGAGUGAGUUUUUACCACACCUGAACCCCGUUCACCAACAUGAGUUCACUCGGUACCUGGUGGACAUGUGCGUGAUCAGGAGGAGACUGUUCCUGGCCGUGUUGGCUGGAAGGGCUGACGAGUCCACAAGUCCAAGUCUGAAGGUGCAGCAGCCACCCGAGCCUCUUCCUUUAACUCAGGGUACAGCGAUCCUUCAGCGAGAGAGCGAGACUGAUGUCGCCCCUGCACUGCAGCAGAUGGAAGAAGACAUGAGGCAUCUCAGCGUCGGGCCGCAGGUCACUCUGGGGGACGUCCCAGUCCCAGAGGACGGCCAACUGGAUGGACAGGCAGAGUACUGUGGAGUUGGUCCGGACAGCAGUGAGAGGCGCGCAGGACCGGACGCUGGCGCGUCUGACCCACGAGACGUCGCCGCUCACCAACGUCAUGCAGCUCAACGCAGCAGCCACGAGCGGUCACCAGAGAACGCCAAAAAGCAGCACCUCAACAAACGCCACAAGGAAAGAGGGAAACCUGCGACGUCUGAAACAGGAACGAAGGGAAAAACAAAGUGA